CUUCAACAUUGCAAAACAAAUGAGAUCCAGUGUGUAGCACAUCCCUGUAAGGGUGGCUCGUAUUUGAACAAGACUUUUCCCAUUAUUGCUCGUUUGUAUAGAAAACAGUAUUGUUUGUUAAACACUGGCGUGGUGGAUUCAAAUAGGCUUUCUGUAGUUUGUAGGUGUGGAGCUUGAAUCGUCCCAAAUAAUUUGUUAUGCUUCAUGUGACAUCUAGGAAUAUAAAAUUGGAGAGUACUUAUCUACUAUUGUGUUUUUUAAAGCCUAUAUUUAAAAAGUUUACAUGUGUACCAAUUUGUAUUUUUUUUCCCCUUUUUUUAUUGAACUAGUCUGGGCUGGUGAGAUGGUACAGUGGAUAAUAACACUUGUCAGACAGGCCCGACUGCCUUAGUUGGGUCCCCCAGAACCCAAGGUGGAAGGAGAGAAUCUGCUCAGGAGGCAGAGGCAAACUCUCUGAGUGUGAGGCCAGACUCGUCUACACAGCCUGUCUUGAAAAAACAAAAACAAAAUCUGUCUUCUGAUCUUCACACUCUUGCCACAUGCAUGUGUACACAUAAAUGCACACAAUAAUAAUAAAAAUUAAAAACACAAUUAGUUUGAAUUUGUAAGUUUUAGACAAGGCAAGGACAUAAGAGAUUGGUAACUGAGUAUUUGAAAGGAGUAUUUUUUAAACAGUAAUUUGUUCAAGACCCAAAAUUGCCUUCUAUUCUGUUAAACACUUGUUUAAAUUCAAGAUAUUUUCAUAUUGAGACAGUACCUGUGCUUAGUAAACACAUUCCCUGCACCAGUAAUCCAUGUAAGCCCAUCAAGACUAAAUCCCCAAGUUUACAAAGUUUACAAAUCUUUACAAAAGAUUUGUUUUCUUAGGAAUAUUUUUGCACUUGAAAUGUUUUACAGAUUGUUUUAUUUCAGAUUUUCACACAUCUAUGCAAAAUAUUUUAUAUUUUGACCAUACUCAUCCCUAUUUCCCUCCUCUGCCCCUCAGCAUGUCCACCUCCCAAGUCUUACUCUUUUUUAUGACCCACUGAGUCUAAUUUAUGCUGCCCCACUCUUCAUCUUAAGAUCUAUGAAACAUUUCUAGUUAUUUUUACUGCUAAAUUUUUUUUGGUGGGGGGAAGGAAAACUGUAUUUUGUCUUUUUGGAGGAGCAUUGUUGGGGCUUGGAAACAGGUCAAACAUCUUUGAUUUAUAGGGCUAUAAUUUAAAUGGUUCUUGUUUUAGCUUCAGUUUUUUUUUUUUUUUUUUUUUUAAGAGGAUAAGGAGCAUUUAAUUACUUUAGGCUACAAGAUCUCUUAUGAAGGGGAGCAAUUCAUAUUGGGUGCAUUUUUCUCCCAUAAACAGCUCUCUAUAGUCCUCAAUGUAAAAGGACUAUUCUUUAUUUCUGUGAUACUGCCUUUUCAGUCUUUGCAAAAUGUUUGCUGCCAGUUUCCCCUGAUGGAACAUAAGUAAGUCCUGGGGAAGUCAGGGCUUUGACUUGUAUGGUUAUUCUGUAUCCCUGGCACCUAGGAUACGGCCAUCCAUAUGGUGGGGUUUAAUAAACAUUUGCUGACUGACUGAGGGUUACUCAUUUACUGCAUAUCUUAUAGGCCCUUGUGUUUGUUUCCUUAGAUUUGUUUACUUAUGUGCCUGGUCAUCUAUAUCCAAAUCUUAGACUCAACUGAAACUUGCUAAGCUCUUCUUGCUUGACCUUAUCCAUCUGUUUAGUACAGUGUUGUCUGCAGGUGCACUAUCUGGAAAAUUUGCCAUCAAUUAGAAAGUCAUCUGGUCAACAUCAGUUUGAGAUAUUAAAAGUGGAUACAAAACUAUUUACGCCAUGCAGACAAUUAAGUGUGUUGUUGUUGGUGAUGGUGCUGUUGGUAAAACAUGUCUCCUGAUAUCCUACACAACAAACAAAUUCCCGUCGGAGUAUGUACCAACUGUUUUUGACAACUAUGCAGUCACAGUUAUGAUUGGUGGAGAGCCAUACACUCUUGGACUUUUUGAUACUGCAGGGCAAGAGGAUUAUGACAGACUACGACCGUUAAGUUAUCCACAGACAGAUGUUUUUCUAGUAUGUUUCUCAGUGGUCUCUCCAUCCUCAUUUGAAAAUGUGAAAGAAAAGUGGGUGCCUGAGAUAACUCACCACUGUCCAAAGACUCCUUUCUUGCUUGUCGGGACCCAAAUUGAUCUCAGAGAUGACCCUUCUACUAUUGAGAAACUUGCCAAGAACAAACAGAAGCCUAUUACUCCAGAGACUGCUGAAAAGCUGGCGCGGGAUCUGAAGGCUGUCAAGUAUGUGGAGUGUUCCGCCCUCACACAGAAAGGCCUAAAGAAUGUGUUUGAUGAAGCAAUAUUGGCUGCCUUGGAGCCUCCAGAACCGAAGAAGAGCCGCAGGUGUGUGCUGCUAUGAACGCAUCUCCAGAGCCCUUUCUGCACAGCUGGUGUUGUCAUCAUACUAAAAGCAAUGUUUAAAUCAAACUAAAGAUUAAAAAUUAAAAUUCGUUUCUGCAAUAAUGACAGACGACCUGCACCUACCCACAUGCACUCAUGUGAGACAAGGCCCAUUAGUAUGGCCCCCUUGCCCUUCCGGUAAUAGUUAAUUUUGAAUAAUUAUGUAUUGUCUAAAAAGCGAUGAGUGCUAGUUUUGUUUCCUUGUUUAAAAAAAAAAAAAAAACAACGCAAAUCCCCACAAACGUUUUGUUUUGUUUAAAAGCAAGGCAUGCUUGUGCUGACUGUAACCGACUAAUUCAGAUCGUCAGAGCUGCUCCCUGGUCCAUGUGGAGAGUAUUCUGGGGCAUCUUAGUGUCUUCUGUUGUUUUGUUUUGUUUUUCUUCCACCCUUCUCUCCUUUUAGGGUGUGUAUGGGGUUGUUUCUUAGACUUGUAUUUUAAAAUUUGUAAACCUGAGGACAGCCUGUGGGGAGGAGGACAGAUGAUUUCCACAUUCCACUCCCUAGGUCUAGUUUAGCAACUGUGUCCCCACCUGGUGCUCUUAGGGAGGAGUGUGGGAAUGCCUCGUUUAAUAACGUACUCCUUCUUGAAAGCUGCCUUUUCUCUCCACCCUUAAGUGGACCCAGUCUUUGCUGAAACUCAUGCAGGUGGGUGGGAGCUGUCUUGCCCCUCUCUAGGAUGCACUCUACCUGUGACUGUGACUUUCAAGGGUAUUUGUUUGCCAUUUGCUGAUUUGGGGGGGGGGGGAUAACUUCUAACUUCUUUCAUUGCUAAAUGAAAAAAAGUAUUGCACCUUUUGAAAUACACCAAAUGGAUUGAGUUCCUAAUUAAAAGAGUUCUUUUGCCCCUGUCAGUCAUUUUCUUAUAUGCUUAGCAUAGAUUUACAACUCACUGUGUAGUGUUCCUAGAUUCAGCUGAAGACGAGAUACACAGGGUUCCUUAAGGGCUGGUGUUGGGAAACACAGCCGCACUGGUGAUUGCCAUCUCCUUCAGGUGAUGAGGUUACAGGCCUGCUUCAUUAAGAAGCUAUGAGCAUGUGGGGUGGGGAGCAUACUUUUAACCAACAUGGGGACCAGUCAGGGCUGUACCCCUUUUUUUCUUCCAUGCCUAUGAGGAAUCCUUGAACAACUGGCUGAAGCUCUCUCAAAAAUGGCGAGAGAUUCAUGACUCUUUAUAAGUGUUAAUAGAGACUUUAUCAGAUUAUUUUGUUUGCAAGUUCCAGUUUUUAAAAAUGUUUAGGUAAUCUCCUUCCCCAGUCCUGAUCUUGUAGAUUCGUUAGUGCCGAACCAAUGCUUUCUUGUGUCUCAACUCUUUGUAUAUGAAUUCUUUUCAGAUGUAUUAAACAAACAAAACCCUUCACAA